AUUAUAUCGACGAGCUGGACAGAAUCACAAUAACGAUGAUGCCGGUCUGCCUCCGUACUUAAACGGAGAUUCUGAAGUUUUUGAGGAAAGCGAAUCCCAGAGGUUGUGAGUUUACUUUCUCUCGCUUCGGCAAUGGAAACGCUUGUGCAUAAUUUCAAUCCAGUCCUCCCAAAUUCACUAUUUUUCAGAAGAAACUCGUCACCUAGAUUUUCCUUUAACCACGUGCGAAUCAUCUCCUCAGGCAAUCACUGCCACGGUGGAAACUUGAGGAUGGCCCUGGCUGCAAAAGACCCCGUAAUUCAAAAGAAAAUCGUAAUACCAAACAAAUAUGGUGAAAAACUUGUGGGCGUAUUGCAUGAAACUGAAUCUCCAGAGAUUGUAAUCUUAUGCCAUGGUUUUCGGUCCUCAAAGGAAAAUAAGACUAUGGUGAACCUUGCUGUUGCAUUGGAAAAUGAAGGAAUAAGUGCCGUCCGCUUUGACUUCGCUGGGAAUGGUGAAAGUGAAGGUUCCUUUCAGUAUGGUAACUAUUGGAGAGAGGUCGAGGACUUGCGUUCUGUAAUCCAACACUUCUCUGCAGCAAACCGUGUUAUAAGGGCAAUUCUCGGGCAUAGUAAAGGAGGCAAUGUGGUACUACUGUAUGCAUCUAAGUACCGUGAUGUCUACAAAGUUGUCAAUGUUUCUGGCCGUUAUGAUCUGACAGAAGGCAUUGAGAAACGCCUGGGAAAAUAUUUUAUGCAAAGAAUUAAAGAGCAUGGAUUCAUUGAUGUAAAAAGUAUACAAGGAGAUUUUAUUUACCGUGUGACUGAGGAAAGUUUAAUGGAUCGCCUGAGUACAAAUAUGCAUAAAGCAUGUCUUCAGAUUGACAAAGAAUGCAGGGUCUUCACCGUCCAUGGAUCGCAUGAUACAAUCGUCAGGUCUUUGGAUGCAUUUGAGUUUGACAAGAUCAUACCUAACCACAAAUUACAUGUUAUUGGAGGAUGCGAUCAUGGAUACGUUCACCAUCAAGGAUAUUUAGCCUCGAUUGUUUUGGAUUUUAUUAAGGACGCCUCUGUGACAGAACAAGGUGGUACCACUAGCUAAAUACUUCUGU